GAGAAGCAAAUGGAGCCGGAUGAGAAGGUCUGGGAGAUUCUGAUGAGCGCAGACAAGAAAGACUAUGAGCAGAUCUGCAUUGACCACGGCCUCACCGACUUCCGAGGAAUGUUGAAGAAACUCAACGAGAUGAAGAGAGAGAGGGAGGAGGAGAUAGCGGAGUUUGUGACACAAAUCAGUACGCUCAAACACAUCGCGGUCAACGACGACGACUGUGCGACAAUUGAGCUGGACAUGGACCUCAAAGAUCCCGCCAGCAAACUGUUCCUGUAUAAGGAUGGCGUCAUGAUUCCUUUCUCCCUCGAUGAAAGCGAUAAAGCGAAGCACAGCUUGAAACAAGUGGGCAAGAAAUACACAUUCAAAAUUCACGGGUUAGGCUCCGGCGAUGCUGGACUCUACUCGGUGGAUGUCGGGGGCGUCAAUGUGUUUUCCACAGACUUUAAAGUCCCUGAAGUGGACUUUGCAGUGAAAAUACAAGAGGUCAAGGCAGAAGAACGAGAGGACGCCCUUUUCCAAUGUGUCCUGACCGCCCCCAUGAACGAGAUCGCAUGGUAUGGUAAAAGCGCCCCGCUGUCAAACAGUGAGAAAUACGAAAUCAGUGUGUCUGAAGAUAAGCUGAUCCACAAGCUGAUUGUGAGGGACUGUCUGCCUCUGGACGCUGGGAUCUAUGCCGCUGUGGCAGGCAUCAAGUCAUGCAACUGCUGGCUUGUAGUUGAAGACCUGAUCAAAAUAGCUAAAGAGCAGCAGGAAAGAUACGAUAAAGAAAUGGUAGUAAAACUGGAAAAUGCCAAAAAGGCUCAGGAAGAGAGAGAAGCUGCAGAAGUCAUCUCUCAAGCGGAGGCUCAAGUAGCUAAAAAGGCAGCAGCUGAGGAGAAAGCUGCGGCCAAGGCUAAGGCCAAGGCUGCUGCCAGGUCGAGGAAGGCAUCAAAGGAGGAGAAGGAGGAGAAGCAGGAGUACGAGGAGUACGAGGAGCAGGAGGAGCCGGAGGAGCAGGAGGAGCAGGAGGAGAAGGAGGAGAGGGAGGAGAAGGAGGAGAUGGAGGAGAAGGAGGAGAGGGAGGAAGAUCCAGGAGUUCACUUUCAUGCUGGGCUCUCGGACUGCAAAGCCAUUAUCGGAGAAGCAGCAGAGCUGGAGUGCAAAGUGAGCCGUGAGGAGUGUCAGGGAAUCUGGUACAAAGACGGAGACGAGAUUAAAACAUCCGAGGGUAUAACCAUUUCCAAAGACGGAACCUUCCACAGGCUGAAAAUUCACAAAGUAACAGAGGAAUUUGGUGGAAAAUAUAAAUUUGAAGCAGAUGGACGUAAAACAGAGGCCCUCAUCCUUGUUGAAGAUCCACCGAGGUUCGAUGCUGAGGAACUGGAAGCGUUUAAAACUCCUGUCACAGUGAAAAAGGGACAAAAGGCAACCUUCAAAUUACCGUAUAUCGGCCGGGAUCCUAUCAAAGUUCAAUGGUACCUCGAGGGUCAGGAGCUAGCGGAUGAAUCAAACAUCAAGAUUGAGCACACGGAGGGCAGCAGCCGCCUGCUUCUCAACAAGCUGCAGCGCAAAGACAGUGGUGAAAUCAAGAUUAAACUCAAAAACGAGUUUGGCACUGUUGAGGCCUUAAGCCAGCUUCUUGUACUGGCGUACCCUGGUCCUCCAUCGGCACCGAAGGUUGUCAGCGCUUUCAAGAACUGCAUCAACCUCUCCUGGACUCCUCCCUCCGACACCGGAGGAACUAAUAUCCUGGGAUACAACGUGGAGAAACGCAAGAAGGGCAGCAACCUGUGGGGCCAAGUCAACCCUGCCGAUGAAAUGAUCAGAGCCAAGGUCUAUGGUGUUAAAGAUGUGGUUGAGGGCAUGGAGUACGAAUUCCGCGUGGCAGCCAUUAAUGACUCUGGAGCGGGUGAACACAGUUCACCGUCUGAGUUUGUGUUUGCCAGAGACCCUAAAAAGCCUCCUGGUAACGUCAUCGACUUCAAAGUGACAGACUCCACCUACACAACCCUGUGCCUGUCUUGGACCAAGCCCAAGGAAAUUGAGGGGGUUGAGGAUGAAGCCAAGGGAUAUUUUGUGGAGAUCAGACCUGCAGAAAACACCGAGUGGGAUCGCUGCAAUUCAAACGCAAUCACCAUGACUUCCUACACAGUCAAAGGCAUGAAGUCAAUGGCCAUGUACUGGGUGAGAGUACAUGCUACUAAUGAUGGAGGAGACGGACCGUAUAAGGAACUCGACAACUACAUCCUGGCUAUGCCUCCUCCUGUGAGGCCACGAUUCACAGAUGCAAAGAUCAAGAGCUUCAUGGUGGUGAGAGCCGGAAACUCCGCUCGAAUCAACAUGAACUUUGAGGCCUCCCCUUGGCCUGAUGUCACCUGGCUGAAGGACGGCAUGCCCGUGUCUAAGAAAGUGACCAUCAGCAACGCAGAGGCCACGUCCCAGCUCCUGAUUCCGUCCUCCGAGCGCGCAGACACCGGAAUCUACACAAUCAUCGUCAAGAACAUUGUCGGCCAAGAAACAUUCAGCAUAGAAAUGAGAGUCACAGAUGAACCGAAGCCGCCAGGUCCCCUGGAGCUCGAUGAGAACGUGCCCGGCACCGUGACCAUUUCAUGGGACGCGUCUCCGGAUGAGAAACGCGACGACAGGCUGCACUACAUGGUGAUGAAGCGGGAUUCGAACAAAAGAGCCUGGCACACCAUCGCAGACCACAUCUUCAACAACAAAUUCACGGCCUGCAACAUCCUGCCAGGCCGGGAAUACCAGUACAGGGUCUACGCGAAGAACGACAUGGGCUCGUCCAAACCGUCUGAAUCAGCAAAGUGGCUGAUUCAUGCCAAAAAACAAAAGUUCACUGUGACCGUGCCGGAGACGAGAGCCUGUAAUCUGCAGUGCGCCCCGAGGUUCAUUGUCCCACUGAAGAUGCACACGGCUCCUCAAGGGUACGAGUGCUACAUGAGCUGCGCGGUGAAAGGAGACCCCACGCCUCAUGUCACAUGGCUCCGCGACAACAUCAGUCUGAACACCAACACCAACUACUUCAUCUCCAACACCUGUGGGGUGUGUUCUCUGCUCAUACUGAGGGUCGGAACCCACGACACCGGCGAGUACAAGGUUGUUGCAGAAAGCUCCCUGGGGAGGGCGGAGUGCGCCACUAAACUGACAGUCAGAGAAUAAGACAACACACUGAAGAGGAUGGGAGUUCUGUAAAACCCCAAACAGGAGCCAGGUUUUUGGGAGAUUCACAUGAGUUAAGCCUGAUCUGUCACUGUGGGUAGAUUAUAAGUCAGAAUAAAGUCUGAAUCAAACUGUUGUUGCUGAGGUAAAAGCCACAAAUGUGUUGUUUGUUUUGAUUUCAAAUGUGCAACCUC